CAUUGUGGUUGAAGUAGGCCUACUCAGGGGCCACCAGGGGCCCUCCUGACUCACACAGGCGGUCUGCGCCUUUUAGGUGACGGGGGACUGUGUAACUUGAUCCUGAAUGAAAACUCUGCGCCUGAACCGGCUGCCAGUCCACACUCUGUUCGUGAAAGAGAGAAAGAGGAGGUGCACGAUGGACCCGGUCCCUCUGCUGCUCAUCUUAGUCGCAUCUCUGCCGCUCGGUUCGGCAGUCUAUGAUGGGCCCCUCCAACCGGAGAUCUCCAACGGCUCAUUCCAUCACUUCUUCGUCCCGGACGGGGAUUACGAGGAGAACGUGGACCCGGAGGAGUGCCAGAUGCUGUUUAAGUUCUCGGAUGUGUAUCCGUGCGGGGCCUCUGAGGAACGGGACUCUGUGGUGCGGGACGACUUCAUCAUCUCCAAGAUGCAGGCGGAGGACGCUGCGCGGCUGCUGGAGGGCAUCGGGCGCACUGUGGCGCACGACCUGGACGGGGAGGACAGCUACGGCAAGUUCCUCCAGAAGGAACUCUCCCAGAUAAGCGAGGCUUUCUCCAGCGUGGACAAGUCUCUUCAGGAGCUGGAAGUGAAGUUUAAACAGAGUCAGGAGACCGAGCUGAGAGAGGAGCAGCAACUGAACGGAUACGUGAUGAAACAAGUGAGCGACAUCAGAACCGCGCUGAGGGGGACCACGGACAUCUCUGUGGGACUAAAAGACAAACACGAGCUGCUGUCUCUUAUCAUCCGCAGCCAUGGCAGCAGACUGAGCCGCCUGAAGACAGAGUACUUACAUUUGGGCUCAUAGUAGAGUCAUAGCAGCCUAGAGAGUGUGUGUGUGUGUGUGUGUGUGUGUGUGUGUGUGUGUGUGUGUGUGUGAGUGUGAGUGUGUGUGUGUGUGUGUGUGAGUGACCCUCCAGUUCAUCAAACAACUGGAAAGUUCAUUGUGGCUUAUGAAUAUCCCUCCUAAGUAUGUUGAAUGUGUCAUUAAAGGGAGACACAGCAGCACAUUCCUCUGAGUCAGGAAGGAAGAAGGAAAUCUGAACAUAAAUUAUGUCUGCAUGGAGCCCUCUGUGCCACAUCUGAAAAGGACUUUCAUUCUAGAGAGAGUAAGAAAAUAAAAGUCCUGAAAGGGAAUUUAUUUGCCUCAAAUCAAUGAAAGUGCUGUAUAUUUUGUCUGUAUAGUGUACAUUAUGUUUAUACAGUGUUAGAUUAUUACUGUUCAAAUAAAUGUUCAAUAUUCAUCAAA